AUGACGCGCGAGCUGCGCGGCGAACGCUUCUACCCGACGCAGACGGAGACGAAGCAGCUGCGUGUGCGCGUGUAUCACACGUACGUGCCGCCAGUGGAAGCCUCCGAGGACACGCAGGCGACGCCCGGACGGUGGACGCUGCGGAUUGAAGGUGUCGACGCGUCGGCUGGAGAGCCUACGGUCGUGAAAUUCUCGAGUUACUUCCGGAAGGCGUCGAUCGAGUUGGAUCCGCAUCUGUACUCGGACCACGUUGUCGAGUGGACGAGUUUUCAGAAGGCCAGUCACGAGGUGGACGGGCUCGAGGUGUCCCGUAAUGGCAGCAUGGCGCACACGGUCAAGAUUAAGCUGCUGGCAGCGCAAACGCCCGAGAGGUUCUCGAUCUCGCCCGAGCUGGAAGCAGCGAUUGGUCAGUACCUGGGUCCUGCCAAAGCCUACACCAAGCAAGACAUCGUGCUGGCGAUGUGGGAGUACAUCAAGUUACGCAACCUCAUCAAGGAGGACGACUGCCGGGUGGUUGUGUGCGAGGACAGACUCGUGCAGGUGCUUAACUGCAUUUCUCUGCCUUUCACGUCCAUCGUGGUAGCGCUCAAGCAGCACCUCACCCCGAUCAGUGCCAUCGAUCUCGAGUACACGCUAAGCCUCUCGACAGCGUGCGAGUCCGAGCUGCUGGACGAGAAGUUCUUCGAUGUGUCUGUUGCGGCGACGUCGGAUCUGGAUAGGACGCGGGCUCGUGCGCUGAAGGAGUGUGAGGAACUGCAGCAGGACCAGAAAAAAGAGCUUGCGUUGCUACAGGCUCAAGAGUUGGAUAUCCUUGAGCGCUUGCAGACGUACACCAGGAAGAAAAACUGGAUGGCGCAGUUCGCGCACGAUCCUUGCGGGUUUAUGGCCGACGUCAAGAAGUCGCAAUUGGCAGACGAGCAGAUUCUAGCGGCGGAGACUGAGCUGGAUGAAUUCAAUGUUCCUCAUCCCCAACAGUUCACGCAGCCCUGGGUUCGCGAGGUGGUAGGCGAGCUACUCACACGUCCAACUAACUGA